GAGGGCGGUGAGGGCGGCGGGUGCCGGAGCGACGGCAGCGGCCGCGGCCGGAGGAGCAAUAGCAGCAGCCGUGGCGGCCACGGGGCGGGGCGCGGCGGUCGGAGACCGCGGCCGGGGCUGCAGGCGGCGGAGCGGCUGGCUUGCCAACACUUGGUGUCACAUGUGAGCCUCCCACAUGUAUUUACUCUCUAUUCCAGCUCUGUGAUUGAACUCUGCUCUUAUUGACUAGGGGACAAUUGGGCAGGCAUGCUUCAUUCCUGGAAUUGACAGUCAUUCCAUAAAUUGGAUUCCAUGGGUUCCAAGAGAAGAAGAGCUACCUCCCCUUCUAGCAGUGUCAGCGGUGAUUUUGAUGAUGGGCACCAUUCUGUGUCUACACCGGGCCCAAGCAGGAAAAGGAGGAGACUUUCCAAUCUUCCAACUGUUGACCCUAUUGCUGUGUGCCAUGAGCUUUAUAACACCAUCCGAGACUAUAAGGAUGAGCAAGGCAGACUACUCUGUGAGCUCUUCAUUAGGGCACCAAAGCGAAGAAAUCAGCCAGACUAUUACGAAGUGGUUUCUCAACCCAUUGACUUGAUGAAAAUCCAACAGAAACUAAAAAUGGAAGAAUAUGAUGAUGUUAAUCUGUUGACUGCUGACUUCCAGCUGCUUUUUAACAAUGCAAAGGCCUAUUACAAGCCAGAUUCUCCUGAAUAUAAAGCUGCUUGCAAACUCUGGGAUUUGUACCUUCGAACAAGAAAUGAGUUUGUUCAGAAAGGGGAAGCAGAUGAUGAAGAUGAUGAUGAAGAUGGGCAAGACAAUCAAGGCACCAUGACUGAAGGAUCUUCUCCGAGCUACUUGAAGGAGGUCCUGGAGCAGCUUCUGGAAGCCGUUGUUGUGGCCACAAAUCCAUCAGGACAUCUCAUCAGUGAGCUCUUCCAGAAACUGCCUUCUAAAGUGCAAUAUCCAGACUAUUAUGCAAUAAUUAAAGAACCAAUAGAUCUCAAGACCAUUGCCCAAAGGAUACAGAAUGGAACCUACAAAAGUAUUCAUGCAAUGGCCAAAGAUAUAGAUCUGCUAGCAAAAAAUGCCAAAACUUAUAACGAGCCUGGAUCUCAAGUAUUCAAGGAUGCAAAUUCAAUUAAAAAAAUAUUUUAUAUGAAAAAGGCAGAAAUUGAACAUCAUGAAAUGGCUAAGUCAAGUCUUCGAAUGAGGACUCCAUCGAAUUUGGCUACAGCCAGGCUGACAGGUCCUUCACACAGUAAAGGCAGCCUUGGUGAAGAGAGAAAUCCCAGUAGCAAGUAUUACCGUAAUAAAAGAGCAGUCCAAGGAGGUCGUUUAUCAGCAAUUACCAUGGCACUUCAGUAUGGCUCAGAAAGUGAAGAGGAUGCUGCUUUAGCUGCUGCACGUUAUGAAGAGGGAGAGUCAGAAGCAGAGAGCAUUACUUCCUUCAUGGAUGUUUCAAAUCCUUUUUAUCAGCUUUAUGACACAGUUAGGAGCUGUCGAAAUAACCAAGGGCAGCUAAUAGCUGAACCUUUUUUCCAUUUGCCUUCAAAGAAAAAAUACCCUGAUUAUUAUCAGCAAAUUAAAAUGCCCAUAUCGCUACAACAGAUCAGAACAAAGCUAAAGAACCAAGAAUAUGAAACUUUAGAUCAUUUGGAGUGUGAUCUGAAUUUGAUGUUUGAAAAUGCCAAACGCUAUAAUGUUCCAAAUUCAGCCAUCUACAAGAGAGUUCUAAAAUUACAGCAAGUUAUGCAGGCAAAGAAGAAAGAGCUUGCCAGGAGAGACGACAUCGAGGAUGGAGAUAGCAUGAUCUCUUCAGCCACCUCUGAUACGGGUAGUGCCAAGAGAAAAAGGAACACUCAUGACAGUGAGAUGUUGGGUCUCAGGAGGCUAUCCAGUAAAAAGAACAUAAGAAAGCAGCGAAUGAAAAUCUUAUUCAAUGUUGUUCUUGAAGCUCGAGAGCCAGGUUCAGGCAGAAGACUUUGUGAUCUAUUUAUGGUUAAACCAUCCAAAAAGGACUAUCCUGAUUAUUAUAAAAUCAUCUUGGAGCCAAUGGACUUGAAAAUAAUUGAGCAUAACAUCCGCAAUGACAAAUAUGCAGGUGAAGAGGGAAUGAUAGAAGAUAUGAAGCUAAUGUUCCGCAAUGCUAGGCACUACAAUGAGGAGGGCUCCCAGGUAUACAAUGAUGCUCAUAUCCUGGAGAAGCUACUCAAGGAUAAAAGGAAAGAGCUGGGGCCCCUGCCUGAUGAUGAUGACAUGGCUUCUCCCAAACUCAAGCUGAGUAGGAAGAGUGGCAUUUCUCCUAAAAAAUCAAAAUAUAUGACUCCAAUGCAGCAGAAACUGAAUGAAGUCUAUGAAGCUGUAAAGAACUAUACUGAUAAGAGGGGUCGCCGCCUCAGUGCUAUAUUCCUGAGGCUUCCUUCCAGAUCGGAGCUGCCUGACUACUAUCUGACCAUUAAAAAGCCCAUGGACAUGGAAAAAAUUCGAAGUCACAUGAUGGCCAAUAAGUACCAAGAUGUAGACUCUAUGGUUGAGGACUUCGUCAUGAUGUUUAAUAAUGCCUGUACAUAUAAUGAGCCUGAAUCUUUGAUCUACAAAGAUGCCCUUGUCCUACACAAAGUCCUGCUUGAAACUCGGAGAGACCUAGAGGGAGAUGAGGACUCUCAUGUCCCAAAUGUGACCUUGCUGAUUCAAGAGCUUAUCCAUAAUCUUUUUGUGUCAGUCAUGAGUCAUCAGGAUGAUGAGGGAAGAUGCUACAGUGAUUCCUUAGCAGAAAUUCCUGCUGUGGAUCCCAACUUUCCUAACAAACUACCCCUUACUUUUGACAUAAUUAGGAAGAAUGUUGAAAAUAACCGCUACCGGCGACUUGAUUUAUUUCAAGAGCACAUGUUUGAAGUAUUGGAAAGGGCAAGAAGAAUGAAUCGGACAGAUUCCGAAAUAUAUGAGGAUGCUGUAGAACUUCAGCAGUUUUUUAUUAAAAUUCGUGAUGAACUGUGCAAAAAUGGAGAGAUCCUUCUUUCACCAGCUCUCAGCUAUACCACAAAACAUUUGCAUAAUGACGUGGAAAAGGAGAAAAAGGAAAAAUUGCCAAAGGAAAUAGAGGAAGAUAAACUAAAACGAGAAGAAGAAAAAAGAGAAGCUGAAAAGAGUGAAGAUUCUUCUGGGACUGCAGGGCUCUCAGGCUUACAUCGCACAUACAGCCAGGACUGCAGCUUUAAAAACAGCAUGUACCAUGUUGGAGAUUACGUCUAUGUGGAGCCUGCAGAGGCCAACCUACAGCCACACAUAGUCUGUAUUGAGAGACUUUGGGAAGAUUCAGCAGGUGAAAAAUGGUUGUAUGGCUGUUGGUUUUAUCGGCCAAAUGAAACAUUCCACCUGGCUACACGAAAAUUUCUAGAAAAAGAAGUUUUUAAGAGUGACUAUUACAAUAAAGUUCCCGUUAGUAAAAUUCUAGGCAAAUGUGUGGUCAUGUUUGUCAAGGAAUACUUUAAAUUAUGCCCAGAAAACUUCAGAGAUGAGGAUGUUUUUGUUUGUGAAUCACGGUAUUCUGCCAAAACCAAAUCUUUUAAGAAAAUUAAACUGUGGACCAUGCCCAUCAGCUCAGUUAGGUUUGUCCCUCGAGAUGUACCCUUGCCGGUGGUCCGUGUGGCCUCUGUGUUUGCAAAUGCAGAUAAAGGGGAUGAUGAGAAGAAUACAGACAACUCAGAGGACAGUCAAGCAGAAGACAAUUUUAUCUUAGAAAAGGACAAAGAAGAUGUCCCUGUGGAAAUGUCCAAUGGUGAACCAGGUUGCCACUACUUUGAGCAGCUUCGUUACAAUGACAUGUGGCUCAAAGUUGGAGACUGUGUCUUCAUCAAAUCCCAUGGCCUGGUGCGCCCUCGAGUGGGCAGAAUUGAAAAAGUAUGGGUUCGAGAUGGAGCUGCAUAUUUUUAUGGCCCCAUCUUCAUUCACCCAGAAGAGACAGAGCAUGAACCCACAAAAAUGUUCUACAAAAAAGAAGUAUUUCUGAGUAAUCUGGAAGAAACUUGCCCCAUGACAUGUAUUCUAGGAAAGUGUGCGGUGUUAUCAUUCAAGGACUUCCUCUCCUGCAGACCAACUGAAAUACCAGAAAAUGAUAUUCUGCUUUGUGAGAGCCGCUACAAUGAGAGUGACAAACAGAUGAAGAAAUUCAAGGGACUGAAGAGAUUUUCACUCUCUGCUAAAGUGGUAGAUGAUGAAAUUUACUAUUUCAGAAAACCAAUCAUUCCUCAGAAGGAGCCCUCACCUUUAUUAGAAAAGAAGAUCCAGUUGCUAGAAGCUAAAUUUGCUGAGUUAGAAGGUGGAGAUGAUGAUAUUGAAGAGAUGGGAGAAGAAGACAGUGAGGUCAUUGAACCUCCUUCUCUACCUCAGCUUCAGACUCCCCUGGCCAGUGAGCUGGACCUUAUGCCCUACACACCUCCACAGUCUACCCCAAAGUCUGCCAAAGGCAGUGCAAAGAAAGAAGGCUCCAAACGGAAAAUCAACAUGAGUGGCUACAUCCUGUUUAGCAGUGAGAUGAGAGCUGUGAUUAAGGCCCAGCACCCAGACUACUCUUUCGGGGAGCUCAGCCGACUGGUGGGGACAGAGUGGAGAAACCUUGAGACAGCCAAGAAGGCAGAAUAUGAAGAGCGGGCAGCUAAAGUUGCUGAGCAGCAGGAGAGAGAGCGAGCAGCACAGCAACAGCAGCCGAGUGCUUCUCCCCGAGCAGGCACCCCUGUGGGGGCUCUCAUGGGGGUGGUGCCACCACCAACACCAAUGGGGAUGCUCAAUCAGCAGUUGACACCUGUUGCAGGCAUGAUGGGUGGCUAUCCGCCAGGCCUUCCACCUUUGCAGGGCCCAGUUGAUGGCCUUGUUAGCAUGGGCAGCAUGCAGCCACUUCACCCUGGGGGGCCUCCACCCCACCAUCUUCCGCCAGGUGUGUCUGGCCUCCCGGGCAUCCCACCACCGGGUGUGAUAAACCAAGGAGUAGCACCUAUGGUAGGGACUCCAGCCCCAGGUGGAAGUCCAUACGGACAGCAGGUGGGAGUAUUGGGGCCUCCAGGGCAGCAGGCACCACCUCCAUAUCCUGGCCAACAUCCAGCCGGUCCCCCUGUCAUACAGCAGCCAACAACACCCAUGUUUGUGGCUCCUCCACCAAAGACCCAACGACUUCUCCACUCAGAGGCCUACCUGAAAUACAUUGAAGGACUCAGUGCUGAGUCCAACAGCAUUAGCAAGUGGGAUCAGACUCUGGCAGCUCGAAGACGUGACAUCCAUUUGUCAAAAGAACAAGAAAGCCGCCUACCCUCUCAUUGGCUGAAAAGUAAAGGGGCCCACACCACCAUGGCAGAUGCCCUCUGGCGCCUUCGGGAUUUGAUGCUCAGAGACACCCUCAACAUUCGCCAAGCAUACAACCUAGAAAACAUUUAAUCACAUCAUUGUUUCUUUUAUAGAAGCAUAACGAAUUGUGGAACAGUAGCCAUUUUAGUUACUGGGGGUGGGGGAAAGGAACAAAGGAUAAUAAUUUUUAUUGCAUUUUACUGUACAUCACAAGGCCAUUUUUAUAUAAGGACACUUUUAAUAAGCUAUUUCAAUUUGUUUUUGUUAUAUUAAGUUGACUUUAUCAAAUACACAAUGAUUUUUUUGCAUAUGUUUCCUUUGUUUAAAACCAGUUUCAUAAUUGGUUGUGUAUGUAGACUUGGAGUUUUAUCUUUUUACUUGUUGCCAUGGAACUGAAACCAUCAAAGGUUUUGUCUUGGCUUGGGGUUUGGGGGCUCUUUUUGUUUUGGGGGUUUUUGUUUUUAUAAAAGAACAAACAAAAUGGAGAAAAAAUACACACCAGAGUUUACAGAUUCGUUGAUAAUGAAAUGUGAAGUUGUUCCUAGUUUACAUCAGACAGGGGAGUGUACUUGUGUUUGUUUCAUGUGCCUGAAUAUCUUAAGCCACUUUCCACAAAAGCUGUUUCUUAUAAGUGAAGUGAUGUGCUUCUUUUGAAAGGUGGUUAUGUAGGUUCAGAUAUGUGGCAGACAUGGCACAUUUGCUCUGUCAACUCAGAGGCUCAUACAGAAAUCUGUAAUCAGUGUUGUGCAUCUGUCUGCAGCUAGUGUACUUCUUGGCCACUGAGAGGGAAAAGCAUUUUUUUUUUUCUUGUGCUAAGUUACACAUCUUUGGUGUCAGUGAUUUUUCCAGACUUGUGCACAACCUUGAAUUAUAUUUAGUCCUAAAGGUAAGUUUAAGGGUACUUUUGAUUUAUUCAUAAUGAAUUCAGAAUUUAUGUCUAUACGUGUUAGAUGAUAUAAAAUUUUAAAUGUUUCAUUGAAAAACAUUGAAGUUCAUCUUGAAGAAAGCAUUAAAAUUUGCAUGGAGGUGAUUUUUUUUAAACAUAAUACCUGACCUAGCAGAGGAAGGGAGUGUGUUAACUAGAUUAAGAGCUGCAUCAGAAUUAUAAUUGUGAAAGGGUAGAUUACUUGUAUAUCCAAAUAUGUUUUAGUAUUCUUUAUUUCCUUAUUAUCAGAUGUGGCAUUUUUGUCUUCUAAGUUUAAGAAUUGUAAUUCUCUCUUUUUUAAAUUAGUUUCGCCAAUGAACUUGGAUUUUCUUCUUUUUUCUUUUUUUAUUAGAGGGUUAUAAUUCUCAAUCAAAAAUCUAAUACUUUCUAAAAUAUUUUCUGAAUUUAGCUUGUGUUUAUGAAUUACAGGAGAAGGGAAAUUAUAAUUUAAGAAAAUUCUCACUGGAAAGACCAUUACAGAUCCCAAACAGUUGAGUUUGGUGGUUCUCUCUUUCUUAUAUGACCCUAGAAUCAACAUUUGGAGGUAGUGUAUGAUACACAGUAAGAAGCAACAAACAUGGAACAUUAUUUCACUUGAGGGUAUGUUUUUGAAAUCUGCUUUAUUGUAAGAGGGGUGGUUGCCAUUGGAAGCUUCCACUGCUGUCUGUAAGUUGAGAGUGACUCUCAGAGGGCACUUUUUUCCUUUUAAUCUGCUAUGAAUCAAUACCCAGAUGUUUAAUUACUGUACUUAUUAAAUCAUGAGGACAAAAGUAUACAAUGGGAAAAGGUCUCUUAUUAUAGCUAGAUACUUUAAAUACGGGAGGCCCUUGUAACUUAAUUGCCUUUAGUCAACCACUGGAUCUCAAUUUUCAUCAAGUAUUUUAAAUAAUUUUGAAUUUUAAAAAAGUGUAUUGCAAUAGUAUGUCAGUAACCUUAUUGUUAAACUGAAUCUGAUAAAUCUUCAGUUCCUAGUUAUUUGGGCCAUUGAAUCAUCAUCGACUGUAUAAUAAAAUCAGAUUAUUUUGUUCCUUAGACAUCCUUGAAUUACACCAAAGAACCUGAAAUUUAGUUUUGGUUAAAUUAUUUAUUUAUUUCAUGCAUUCGUUUUAUCCCCCUUUUUAGGUUUGGAUGAGACUUCUUUGGGAAGCCUCUAAAAACUCUUCACUGUGGGCCAAUCAGGGUAUCAGAAGCCAGAGCAUUUCUCCAGGCUCCGUCCCAGCACCUAGAGGUGCUACAGAAAUCAAAGAUCCAACCAAGGGCUUCCCUAAAGCAGUGCAGAGCUGGCCCAGGGUGCCACUAGAAAGGCCCUAAUUAAGUUUAAAAAAAAAAAAAAAAGACCUAUGUAUUUAUUUUAGAAUCAUGUCUGUCUAUAUAUUAACUUGGAAAGUAUCAGUUAAUAUUUAGGAUAAAAGAUCAGAGGUCAGCCAUCUUCAAAAAAAGAAAAAUCCAGACAAAAGAAAAGUUUAAGUAAACUAUAUAUCUUUUCUUCAUAAGUUAUAGGAACUAUAGUAAUGUGGUUUAGAAAGUAUAACGGCCUGAAUGUUUUCAAAAUGUUAAGUCCCUGUGGAGAAUUGUUUAUAUGGGGGAAAAACCUAUAGGUUUAAAAUAGUAUUUGUUUGUCAGCCAACUGAUUUAAAAAAAAAAAGGCUUCUGUUGAUUUUUUAACCCACCUUUUCCUUCCUAUGAGGAAGAAUUAAGGGGGGCACUUAUUUGUGUAAAAUCCCCAAAUUGGUGUUAAUGACUUUUCCGCUUGGACGUCUUCAGAACUGAUUAAAACUUGCUUUAUUCUAAUUUCUGUAUCAUAUCAUCAUCUGAGGUUUAAGUGGCAACUAGUCUUAUAACAUGUAUGUAUCAUGUUUGUUCACCUAAAGCUUUUUAAUCCAAAUAAAAAUGGAGUUUGCAAAGUGAUUUGGAUUAA